AUAGCCAACCACUAAAUCAAUUUGUACAAGAGAAAGAAUUCAUAGAAAAGAUGAUGAGCUAUACUUCUUCAUUAGCUCUCUGUUUUCUCCUAGUCCUUCUUAUUGCAACCAAUUUAUUGAGCAUUAAUGAAGCUAAAAGCUGCAAUCCUAGUGGCAAAAUAAGAGGCAAAAAGCCACCUCGAGGAAAAUGCAACCCUGAAAAUCAAUCAGAGUGCUGCAAAAAGGGGAAGGCCUAUACCACUUACAAGUGCUCACCUCCAGUGUCUAGCCACACCAAGGCAGUUUUGACAAUCAACAGCUUCCAGAAGGGUGGAGAUGGUGGCGGACCCUCAGAAUGUGAUAACAAGUACCACUCAGACAACACUCCGGUGGUGGCCUUGUCCACAGGCUGGUUCAACAAUAUGCAGAUGUGCUUACAGAACAUAACCAUAUACGGUAAUGGGAGAAGUGUCAAUGCAAUAGUUGUGGAUGAGUGUGAUUCAACAGUAGGGUGUGAUGCCGAUCAUGAUUAUCAGCCCCCAUGCCCUAAUAACAUUGUGGAUGCCUCUAAGGCUGUUUGGAAGGCCUUAGGAGUCCCCAAACAUGAUCGGGGUGAACUCGAUAUCUUCUGGUCUCGAGCAUGAUUUUCUUUUCUCUGUAUGCUAAUAAUUGUUAUCAUAUAUGUAUAAUGGGAAUGCUGAAGGGUUGAAUAAUUGGGCUAAUUAUUAUUAUUUGGGGUCAUGUCUCUUGUCAAUGUAGAAUGUUGAUUUUGUACCUUCAGGUGUA